AUGCCUCCAUGGGCGCCAACCCCCGUGUUGCCGCUCUUCGUCCUCCUCAUGCUGCUGCUGCUGGUGCGGGGCAGAGGAGUCCAUGGUGCCAUCACCAUCGGCAGCCUGGACAUGGACAUGGACAUGGGGGUGGAGGCGGAGCAGAUGGGCUCGGAGGCGGCGCACGGGCGGCUGCUGUGGGAGACCGGCGGCGGCGGUCGGAGGUACAUCAACUACGACGCUCUGCGGGGGGAUGCGGUGUCGUGCUCUAGGCCCGGCGUGCCCUACUACAACUGCCGGGUUGGCACCACCGCCAACCCCUACACCCGCGGCUGCGACUCCAUCACCCAUUGUCGCGACGACGACCCUUCCUAG